CUUGGCCCAACGACCGUUUACUCGCUUUACUUCUCCCCAUCAAGCUCCAAGCUACUCAUAGAGAUUUCUGAAUCCUUUUCCGUUUGAAUAUGUGAGGCUCAGAGUCUGGUUGUAGAUUACACCGUCUCUUACUCAAGUUCCCGAAGUAUUGUAAAAGCUCUCUCCACUUCAUCCUCCCACUUGUCCAUCACCAAGCCACAGAGAGGGCAAUGGCGACCCCCAAUCCACUCGAGAAGACUCACUCCGAGUCACCUGCACCUAUUUCCGAAAAAACGUUCCACAUUGCUGGUAUUCUGGCUGUGGUUCAUGGUCUCGCGGAGCUCGCGCCAUCAUGCAAGUCCGUAUCAGUUCUUUGGCUCUUGCAUGGCAGACUUGGGAGUAAAGAUGACAUGGCCAGUACCGCGAACAAAUGCAUAAAUGAUUGGAAUCAACGACCAUCAUCUGACAGAAAGGUUGGUCUCAUUGCUGUGGCAUUUGAUCAGAGAAACCAUGGGAGGAGGGAGGUGCAGAGGGCAGCGAAUCAAACGUGGAGAGACGGAAACGUGAGGCAUGCUCAGGAUAUGUUCAGCAUAUUCCAUGGCACAGCUCUUGACACGAGUUUGCUAAUAGAUCACCUUGGGUCGUAUGUCUUUCAUGCUGCUGACGCACCAUCGAUUGACCAGCACUUAGUGCUCGGUGUCUCCCUGGGUGGACAUGCCGCAUGGCAGGUUUUUUUCAACGAACCACGAGUCACUGCUGCUGUGGUGAUAAUAGGAUGUCCGGAUUAUAUCCGUGUUAUGACUGACCGAGCAAGGCUUUCCAAGCUCGAAACAUACAAAUCGUCAAAUGGAGCCGAAUUUCUCGGCAGCAAAGACUUCCCUACAGCCCUUAUCUCCAGCAUCCAAAAGUGGGAUCCACGAGGUCUUCUCUUCGGGGCUUCCGAGAUCAACCCAAAUCCAUCUGAAAAGGAGCAAGCUCGUCUCGGCAAGAUCCUGGAUUCGAAAAUCAAAGGAAAACAGAUUCUUGUCUGCUCUGGUGGUGACGACAAACUCGUUCCAUACCAUUGUGCUGAGCCAUUCAUGAAGUUUUUGAAUAAUGCCACCACUGGGUGGUAUAAGGGUGGUAAUGUUUAUGUUGAAGAUAAUGUGUACCCGGGGAUUGGGCAUGCUUACAGUGAGGGCAUGGUCAACGAUACUACGAGGUUUGUAAGUGAUAUUUUGGCGGGAACACCCAUCAAGCCAACAUCCAAGAUGUAGUAAACAGUCUCCCGAUGCCCCUCAAAACUAAAAGCAUUUGGUCGCAAGAGAUUCAGAUCAAGC